UCAUCAUCCUCUCCAACAACCAAACCAAUGGCAGCACAUCUCUCGUAAGGACAGGUCCCUCAAAGACAUCCAAGUUCCUCAAAAUGGCAGCAGCAGAACAGAAAAAGAUUCCAAACUACAUGAGAUUUGUAAUGGGAGGAUGUGCAGGGCAUUUGCUCUAGGAUGUUGGCGACAUGCUUUGUGCAGCCAUUGGAUCUUGUCAAAACAAGGAUGCAGAUGAGUGGUGUUGGUGGGACAUCCAAGACACACAAGACAUCAUUCCAUGCAGUUUACAACAUUAUCAAGGCUGAAGGAGUUUUUGGAGUCUACAAUGGAUUAUCAGCUGCCUUGUUGAGACAAGCAUCAUACACAACAACACGACUUGGAGUUUACACAAGUCUAAUGGAACACUUCAAGGGUGCUGAUAACAAACCACCAGGAUUUGUAAAGAAACUUGGAUUAGGUAUGGCUGCUGGUGCUGUUGGCUCGUUUAUUGGUACUCCCGCUGAACUGGCAUUGAUAAGGAUGACGUCAGAUGGAAGAUUACCGCCAGCUGAGCAACGAGGCUACAAGAAUGUGUUUGAUGCAUUGAUUAGGGUUGUUCGGGAGGAGGGUGUUCUCACACUGUGGAGGGGUUGUGUUCCAACAGUUGCUCGAGCCAUGGUCGUGAAUGCCGCUCAACUUGCCACGUACUCGCAAGCCAAGCAGAUUCUCCUUGGAACUCAUUACUUCAACGAUAACAUCUUAUGUCAUUUCUGUGCAAGUAUGAUCAGUGGUCUCGCAACCACAUUCGCUUCCAUGCCUCCAGAUAUAGCGAAAACGAGGAUUCAAAGCAUGAAGAUCAUUGAUGGAAAGCCAGAAUACAAAGGUGGAAUGGAUGUUUUGAUGAAAGUUGUGCGAAAGGAAGGCUUUGCAGCUUUGUGGAAGGGCUUCACUCCAUGUUACCUUAGGAUUGGUCCUCACACUGUCCUUACCUUCAUUUUCUUGGAACAAUUCAACGUCAUUAUCAAGCGCUGGUAUGGAAUUCCGGAGUAGAAGAAAACAAGCGCAGAUUUAAACAGUCUGGUUUUUUUUAUCUUUUCUUCAGUAUACGGUGAUCUGUAACUUCCCGUCAGCUUUUGAUAAUUUCCAACUUUAUAGUGAAAUAUUUUUUGAGAUUAGCCUUAAAAUGAAUAAAUCAUCCACAUAAAGCGAAAUUUUAAAAUAUUGUACGCAUUACACAGCAACUCUUGCAGUUUUACAUAAGCAGCAAAAAUUCCUUUCAAUAUUGAAGCUAGUCUUGGAAUAUUUUACAUUUUGUCACAUUGAUCAUUUUGAAUUGUCAACAUCUGUUAAUUGGUACACAGAGCAACGAGAUUGAAUUAUUGAUUUGAAAAAUUGUUCUAUGCAUGCCAAAUUCAUGAAAAUUUGAUAACAUUUAAAUCUCUCACGUAUUUAUGGAAAUUUGCUAACUGAUUAAAUGUGUCAAAAAUCUACAUUUUGAACUUGGAGGAUGAUAUAUGAAUAUUUUCAUCUUUUGUUA